AUGCCUACAACAAUAUCUUCCUGGGUACAAAACCGACGCGCUUCUCAAGAGAAAUGGCAAAAAGAUCCCCUCGAGAAGGAGGAGAACUUUCUAAUCAUCUCCGCUUUCGAACAACUACUCAACAACAAACUCUCCGCUUCUUCCACCGCAUCUCGCAUCAAUGAAAUCGUCUCCCCUCGUCUAAUCUCCGGCCUUCGAGCAAGUGUAGGAUCUAUCUGGGGUCUUUUCGCCGACGCGACCAAACAUUUCGGUGCAUCGCAUACACAACAAUUGGCCGAUGUUAUAAUCGCAAUCCGCGAACUUCCUGAUGUGGUCAAUGAAAAGGGGUAUAAAGUUAUCAGAUCUGGAGAGGUGGUUUGGAGAGGAAUGCCAGAUUUCGGGUGGAUUUUCGCGGAGCAUGGUGUUCAGAUCAAUGGUACUGAUGGUAUGACUUAUGAUGAGUGGCAUUCUCAGGAAGAGGAAUUGCUGAAUGCCACCGUGCUUGUUGCGACGUUGAUGCAGAGAGGUGGUAGUUUCGGAAUUGGCAUGAUGUAUCAUGCACAUGAUGCUUUCAAUGAGAUUGAACUGCCUUUUGAUGAUGAGAGGGAAAUGGCAGAUAAAUGGAAAAUGUACAUUCCUCCUGCUGAGGCGUGGAUGUCAAUUGCGGGUGAAAAGCUGUUCGGAUUGUGUUUCGACAAAAGCGUGAUUCACAGCACCGAACCUCAUGAGAGGAUGAGAAAGGCUUUCAAUGCUGAUCGUUGGGCUUUGUGGAAGCAGCGAUUUGCAGAAUUGGCAGAGCAGGAAGAUAUUGAUGAGCACUGCAGGGGUCUCGCGAGAAAGGCGGUAGAGAAGAUGAGGGACAUUGAGCAGAGAGUUCAGCUUUAG